GGACUGCAAGAGGCCAUGGAUGCAGCCAGAGACGUGACUCCAGUGCUACUAUGGGAGAGUAUCCAAAUUCAACGCAGUAUCACACAAGCACAGAGAAUAGCAAAUCUCAACCUCACCGUUCAGGAUGUACUCAGCAACCGCUUCAACAGCUCGAUCCAUGUAGUGGGCUGUACCCAAGGUGUUGGUAUCACCUGUGCAGCUGGUUCAGGGGUAGCGUUGCUUAUUGACGUGGGACUGGGCAAUGUUUUUCUUGAGGGAGAAUCUUUAGGAUUGGGUACUGUGACUCUAGAAGGAUUCGGCGUGUACGGAUGUGAAGACGCUGCGGCAGACAUACAGGCCGAUGGCAUCGCACUCAAAGAUAUGAUUUUUGACGGGAAUGGUCGAAAUCCCUUCCCAGGUACAUCAGAAGGGUCGGAUUCCGGGGGUUUGGGAGCUAUAUAUCACAACCGCUAUGGGUUAGACAAUAUCGACCAGCAAACCUUCAGUCACAUCUGCGAAGACUCUUUGUUCGUCAACAAUUCAGGUAUGUGGGGAGGCGCCAUGUACCUCAAUUCGGUGGGAUGGUCCAUCAGACGAACUAUUUUUUUCAACAAUACAGCCAAGUUUGGCGGCGCUAUUGUGAGCAGAAAAGAUGUAGUUGUGGAGGGUAGCUUGUUUGACUCGAACAAUGGUCUCGACUGGUUGAAAAGCUCAGGAUACGUAUGUACAUUGUGA